AUAUAUAUAUUGCUCAGAAGGAUCAAGGACCGAGAACUUUCUUUAGAAGCAACAUCCAUGAUAAAUCCGUGAAAGCAUCAUGGAGCUUCAGAUGGCAUCAUGUUUCAAAUCCUUGACUAAUUUUUACAUAUGACGAGGAUCAAAACGGCCUAACAAAAGAUGAUGAUGAUAACAACUGAGUUUUAUAAUAUUAAUUCUGAAGUGGAGUAUGAAAAUGAUGGAUAUGUACCAUAUAAUCAAAGAAUUGAAACUUAUAUCGUUCCUAUAAUAUUUUCGUUAAUUUUGAUCGUGGGUGUAGCGGGAAACGGUAUCUUAGUUCUUAUCUUGCUAUGUCAUGCCAGUAUGAGAAAUAUACCAAAUACUUACGUGCUGUCUUUAGCACUUGGUGACCUGUUGGUGAUUGUGACUUGUGUACCUUUCACAUCAAUUGUUUAUACGAUCGAAUCAUGGCCAUGGGGCUUAACUAUCUGCAAACUCUCUGAAUGUGCUAAGGAUAUUUCAAUUGGCGUGUCCGUAUUUACUUUAGCUGCUUUGUCAGCCGAAAGAUAUUGCGCCAUUGUGAAUCCCAUCCGUCGCCAUGUAGCUGGUUUAAGUGCAAAACCACUUACCAUCUUAACAGCAUCUCUUAUUUGGGUUCUUGCAAUUAUUUUAGCGAUGCCCGCCGCAUUCUUCUCUUAUGUAUCCUCUAUACAAUUGAAUGGAAACCAUAGCAUUUUAAUCUGCAAUCCUUUUCCUGAAGAAUUUGGAGAUGUUUAUGAAAAAGGCAUGGUAAUGUUCAAAUUUUUAGCGUAUUAUGUAAUACCAUUAUGCGUGAUAGCUGGCUUCUAUCUGGGCAUGGCAUGGCAUUUAGCAUUAUCGACCAAAAAUAUGCCAGGUGAACUUCCUGGUGGUGAUCUUCAUGUUGAACAGAUAAAAGCGCGCAGACGGGUGGGCAAAAUGGUAGUAUGUUUUAUAAUCGUUUUUGUGAUCUGUUUUCUACCGUAUCACAUAUUUAUGCUGUGGUUCCACUUUUGCCCUACGGCCCGUGAUGACUAUGAUUAUUAUUGGCACGCCUUCAGGAUAAUCGGUUUCUGCCUCAGUUUUAGUAAUAGCUGCGUUAAUCCGAUAGCACUCUAUUUAAUUAGUCGCACAUUUCGUCAAAGAUUUAAUAGAUAUUUAUGUUGUUUAUGUCGACGAUAUGGAUGCAAUGUUUGCGGUGGAAAUCGGAUGAACAGAAGCAUAAUUCAUGGACACGGUGAUGUUUUACAAAGAAGUCGGCGUAUGUUUUACGAGACCAGUUUUGGUUCCACUUUCCGAAGACGUACUCAAGAAUUUAAUUCAACUGGAGUAUUUGAAAUGGGAAGUAUAGAGACGACUAAACCUACUGUAGAUGAUCGAAAGUAACUCUUGGAAAUAAUUUUGAAAUAUAAACACGGAUAUAUCAAUGUAAAUUGCAGUGCAAGUUCAAAUAUAACACCAUCACAACCGAUAGUGAUGGACUAAAAACAAAUGCCACUUCAUUGGUGUAAUUUGCGUGUAUGAUACUCAAUAUCACAGGUUUUACAUUAUAAGAAUAAAAAAAAAUAUAGUGACAAGUG